AUGGGUUAUGUGAAGAGCGGUUAUGCCACGCGGCCCAACAAGCGCGCGAAAAAGGUGAGGGAGAAAGUUUAUUAUGAGCACAUAGGAAAACGUCGCAACACAGGAACCACGGCGGAUCGAAAAAAACAGGGUCCCAAGAGAAGUCCCUUGCGACUUCAGGACUUAUCUCAAGACGUUUUGGAACGCAUUUUUGUGUUUUCUGGACGUAAUAGUCCAUUACCACUGCUAAAUAGGCACUUUUCCAAGUGUCUAAAACCUUCGCAAUAUUUGAUCGAACAAUAUCUGUCAGUGAACUUUGUAUUUGAUGUCAAUGCCGCUCUCAAAGCUUCCAGCGGCUCUUCUUAUCGCCCCUGGUGGGUACUGGCGGAGUGUGCGCUCGACGUUCCCCUCAUACUUCAGUUUCUAAAUGCAUCGCCUUCGUUUUUGGAUUUCAUCGAUGAGAUAGCCGCUGUGGAAGACGUGGGAGCCACACAACAGCUUAGAUUCGAGCAGUUUCAGAACACUUUAUUGCAAAACCUCGAAACUCCAUUAAAGUCUCUCGAGGUGGAUCCAACUACAGAUAAAUCAUUGCGAGAUUUGCCUGCCGCAGUCUACAAAUAUCCUGCUCUAUUUUUUGAAAACGAUAUUUUGACAAAACCCGUCUUGUACAACCAGCUUCUGCUGCGUCUACAUUCCGAGUAUGCAAUUCAGAACCCGUCCUUGACCGCCGACUCUAUUUUGCAGUGGUUUUUCAUCGAUAGCGCAGGCGUCACUCCUCAACUGGACAUCAAUCAUCUUUUUUUUGCCUUGAAUCUGGUAACGCAUUUGUCUGUUCAAAACAAACGCAGUUUCGAGGACGUCAAUCCGUUGAUACUUUUCAUCGAUUUUCUGUACAUUUCGGUAACCCCACGCUUGCUACAGUUGUUACUAUGCGAGAAGCUCAAGGAUGCACAUCUUAUUAGCGCCCGGAAAGCGAAGAUAGUCGGCAAGUUCAUUCGAAAGUUUUAUAGUAAUGAACUAGGUCUAUUAUGCGAGGAUGAUCUUUGGAUCAAGCUCAAUGAGAUCAAGGACCAUGCCCUCGUUGAAAAAGUUUCUGGAUACGGCGGCAAACCUAGUUUCAAUGUGGUGAAAUGA